CAAAAGUAACGGCGGGUCGAAAGUAACAAAUGCUCUGAAAGUAUAUCCAACAAUCAAACACCGCGUCGAUGUCGUAAGUUAACAGCGGGGCGGUACUCCCCUUCCUUGCGUUGAGUCGCCACGCGCACCUCGCGCUGCUAGGUUAUGUGAGAAGACGCUUUGUGAUUUCGCACAUCAGACGAUCGUCUAUUACUGAUCGGCCUCUACAAAUAAACAGUGAAAUUCCAUCUAAUGAUGACGACGAUAAUGACGUGUUGAAUACUUUUGAUGCAACAACCACCGCCUAAGUUUAUCCAGACACUCCAGUUGAUAAUCUUCCAGCGUCGAGUGACCAAAUUAUCGAGCAUACAGUAAGCAAUGAUUUGUCAAAUAUAGUAUCAUCUAAUCAAUGAUCCAAUUCGCCUACACCAGGACCUAGCGGGUUACAGCAAGCAAAUUCUUUUCAGAUAUUUGAUUUAACACCUAAAGAUUUGAGACCCUUACCACAAGCAGGUCGCAGGAGAGCAAAAAAGAGAGGCGUAAAAAACGUAAGACAGCAAUAUUGACGUAUACGCCCGAAAAAAAACGUAAUUGAGGAAGAACACCUAGAAAGAAUUAAAGCUAAGAGAAGGGUUUUACCAUCUGUUACUGGAAAUGGCAAGAAAAAGUUACGAAAAAGGUAAAGAAAUAUCUACGAAAGGCAAGAGAAAAGGAAAAAGACAAAGAAGGCAGCUUAAGAGAAGAAAAACAAUUCAGACGACGAAGAUUGCUAUUGUCUCGUUUGUUUAGAACCCUUUGGCAAUAGCCAGCCAAGUUAACAGUGGGUUCAAUGUAUCUCGUGCAAAAUGUGGUCACACGCCGAAUGUGUCGAUGAUGAUGCUAAUUAUAUGUGUCACAAUUGUAAGCCUGAAUAAAAUAAGGCAGAUUAUAAAUAUAAUUACAUAAAGUUAAAAAAAUACUGAUCAUUACUAGAAGAGAUAAUAAUCUGAUUUGCUUUCUUAAAAUGUUUUUUUUUUAGUUUUUAAGCGUUUUGAAUGCAAGUUCUUUGAAUACAUAGACUUUGAAUAAAUAAUAUGUUGAUUUAGUAUGUCAUAUUGAUUUUUUUACAAACCCUUUUGGCCUGUUACUUUUGACCCACAAUGUGUUACUUUCGUCCUGCCUACGUGGUCGAAAGUAACAACUUCCCAUUUUUUUUCGAGUCUUUGUGAUUCAUAUCAAAUGACCAAUAAAAAGCAAAAUUGACAUACCGAUAUAAAGACCAUAAAUGGAAUGUUUAAAUGGUUUUAUUCAUUUCUAUAAAAUAGUCACCCAUAACCAGAAAUCAAUGUAAAUGUUCAAAAUGUUACUUUUGUACCCGGUCUCCCCUACAUAUUCUACCCUUGUGGAUGUUAUUUUUCCGAGUAUGAUGUUUGAUAACGGUUCGAUUGCAUAGUAGGUACUUGCCCAACGUCAAGGCGAUAUUUGGUACGCACUGUAACAAGUUCAAAUCAUAUAUAAGAUAGAACCAGCUAGGGACAUGCAUCAGUUACUUUUGGAACUAACAACAACACAGACCACAAUGUUCAAGCUGGUGGUGUUGUCUGCUGCGCUCGCUGUAGCGUCCGCUAGCCCCAGCGGUCUCCUGGGACUGGGAGGCCUGAUCUCCCCAUGGAACGCCGCCAUCGCCGCGCCGCUGGCUGCUCCGAUAGCUUCGCCGCUAGCGCUGUCUCUCGCUGCGCCCCUCGCCGCUGCGCCCCUCGCAGCUCUGGCGCCCAUCGGCGCGCCCAACUACAGAGGCCCGCUGUCUCUGGCUCCCGGCCAGCCCGCCAACAUCUUGGGCGCUGACGGCAGGCCCCUGGACACCCUCAGCGUAAACCUGGACCGUGCGGCUCACCUCACCGCCAAGGCUAUUGAAGGCAGCGGUCACUUGCUCAAGAAGAGGUCCAUCGGCGCUCCCUUGGCGUUGGCUGCUCCAUUAGCCGCCGGUCCUCUGGUCGCCUCAUCGUUAGCCGCUUCUCCUUUGAUCGCUUCUCCGUUAGCCGCUUCUCCUUUGAUCGCGUCUCCGUUGGCCGCUGCCCGUUUGGCCGCGUCUCCUUUGGCCGCCGCUAACUUGGCUGCAGCCCAGUUGGCCGGUGCUGGUGUGAUUGCUGCUCCUGGUCUCGCUCUAUCCGCCCCUGGACUUGCUCUAUCUGCCCCUGGACUUGCUCUAUCUGCUCCUGGACUUGCUCUGCCUGCUCCUGGCCUUGCUCUGUCUGCUCCCCUCGGUAUCGCCUCACCUUUAGGUUUAGGUCAAGUGUUACUCAAAUGAAAUCCUCUAGACAAUUUGCGAUUAUCUAAUUAAAAUGACUUAUCUAUA